AUGCAGGAUUUGGUCCCAAUUCUCGCCCGAGUUGGCAUCGCACUGCGAGACUUCAAUGCAAACAAACAGAUCGAUGCCCAAGCCUUCCUCAAGGAACACUCUAUCCCGUACACGACCUCAAGCGCCACCACCGCGACUUCAGAUGCUGCAUCCCAAAAGGUCUCGUGGGUCUCAUCUCCGUUGGAUGUUGCAUACCUCGAAGCCCUCAUCCCUCCGUCCAACUCCACGAACGACGUUCCGAGCCCAUCAAACCACGCCCUCAGCCCCCCAAACGAUGUUCGGCCAUCGGAGGGCGCGCCAUCCUUCAGCGCAACAGAAUGGGCAGAGGCUUUUCGAGACACCGCCAGAUGCCUCUCAAGAGAGGCGACUCGUGAAGGCUCCAGUGCGCUGCCGUCUCAAGACUUCGCCCGGCCCCGAUUCCCGGAUACAAACAGCCCAUGGGAGAACUUGCUGGUUAUUGGCGCCGACGAGUCGCCUGCCUGGGAGAUGAUCGCUGUUCUCGAGACUGCCCAUCAUCAUGUUGGCUGUCUUGUGGCCGACCAGAACCCAACAAAGGCGCUGUCAUCGGAUGGGAUCUUGCGCAGCGAGCUCCUCAGCAUGCUUGUCCUCCUUCACUGGCGACUCAACUUGCUCAAGAAGCCCAAUAGUGGUGGUCGUGAUCCCUCGGUUACGGUAACGACGUUUACGAGAGCCCGCGUGCGUGUCAGCCAGGCCUACAUCGACUGGUCAAACGACGAACCCAUCCUUCGAGUGGUCAACCGCUUGGACAAGUCUCUCAAGGACUUGACCGGUGCAAGUGACGCUGCCAGGGCAUGCUGGCUUGAUGUUUUGUCAUGGCUUUGCUUUACUUCCACCGAGAACGAUGGCAUACGGGUGGAAAAGCAGGGACAAUCUGGUCAUGGCUGGCGGUUCGAACAACCUGCAAAGGAUCGGGUGGUCUCUGGCUCGAGCGAUUCCUCUGGAACAAGUGGUACUGGCAGCAGUGGCAGCAGCAGGGCCCAACACGAGGUUGCGUCCCCUACAUCAUCGGCUCCCGGAUCGCCACGUGUCGAUGCGAAACAAAGCUUGGCCUAA